AUGAUAAUUUCUAGUGCUUUAGGGGAGCAUCAUGAAAUCAAUGGAGGAGCAACAAAUGAAUUCAAUGAAUGGAAGCUUUACUUACUCUCAGAUUGCCAAAAUAACUUCAAAUUUCAAAACGGUUAUUGGGAAAGGAGGAUUUGGAGAAGUUUACCAUGGCAUCUUGAAUGCUGACACUCAUGUUGCUGUUAAGGUCUUGUCUUCAACAUCAAUGCAAGGCUAUAAGGAAUUUCAAGCAGAGGUAAAACUUAUGACAGUUGUUUGUCAUGAAAAUCUGGUGUCUGUAAUGGGAUACUGUGAUGAAGAUAGUAGAAAGGCAUUGAUAUACGAAUACAUGGCCAAUGGAAAUUUGGGACAAUAUUUAUCAGAGAAAAGUGAACGAGUUUUGAGUUGGGGUGAAAGGCUUCAAAUUGCUGUAGAUGCUGCACAUGGGUUAGAGUUUCUUCAUGGUUGCAAGCCCCCAAUAGUGCACAGAGAUUUGAAACCAGCCAACAUCUUAUUAACUGAAAACAUGCAAGCCAAGAUAUCAGAUUUUGGACUAUCCAGAUUUUUUCCAACAGAAGCCUCUCAUGUAUCAACUCACCCUGCAGGGACAUUUGGAUACUUAGAUCCUGAAUCUUAUACAAUAGGACGCAUAAGUAAGAAAAGUGAUGUCUACAGUUUUGGGAUAAUUCUACUAGAGCUAAUUAGUGGUCAGCCGGCAAUCAUAAAACAGGGCAAAGAGGAUGACAUUCACAUACGUCGAUGGAUUUGUCCUUUAUUUGAUAGAGGGGAUAUCUGGUGCAUCGUUGAUCCAAGGCUACAAGGUGAAUUUAACAUCAAUACCGCUCGAAAAGCAAUCAAGAUAGCAAUGUCAUGCGUGUUGCCAAUUAGACAAAGGCCAGACAUGAGUCAUGUGCUGGCAAAACUUAAGGAGUGUUUAGAUGUAGAGAUGGGUUUGAGAAGUUUAGAUGAGACUGGUUGGUUGACCAAUGCCCUAGUCAAAAUUUUCAGAAGCACAAGGAGGAAACAAAAAGGGGCCAUUGUGAAACCAAAGAAAGAACCGCCAAUGAAUCCAAAGAUUGGGACCUUUAGCUACUCUCAGAUUGGGAACAUCAUGAAAUCAAAGGGGGAGCAACAAAUGAAUUCAAUGAAUGGAAGCUUUACUUAUUCUCAGAUUGCCAAAAUAACUUCAAAUUUCAAAACGGUUAUUGGGAAAGGAGGAUUUGGAGAAGUUUACCAUGGCAUCUUGAAUGCUGACACUCAUGUUGCUGUUAAGGUCCUGUCUUCGUCAUCAAUGCAAGGCUAUAAGGAAUUUCAAGCAGAGGUUGGAUUGUUGCAGCCAUUUCACUCGAUGCUAUCUAAGAUUAGACUUAAUACGUAUAAAAUAAAUUUUACCAUGACAAAGCAUCAUCUUUAAAUGCAGGUAAAACUUAUGACAGUUGUUUG